UACAAAAUGGGCAGCCACAAGAUGGGCCAAGAAGAUUGAAGCCAGAAAAAGGAAAGCCAAGAUGACUGAUUUUGAUCAUUAUAAAGUAAUGAAGGUGAAGAAAAUGAGGAACAGAAUAAUCAAGAAUGAAGUUAAGAAGCUUCAGAGGGCAGCUAUCCUGAAAGCUUCUCCCCAAAAGACACCUGUUGCUAAGGCUGCAGUUGCAGCUGCAGCAACAGCAGCAGCUGCUGCUAAAGCUAAAAUUCCAGCAAAAAAGGUAACUCCAGCAGGCAAGAAGGCUCCGGCCCAAAAGGCUCCUUCCCAGAAAGCCUCAGGCCAGAAGGCAGCACCGCCUCCAAAAGCUCAGAAGAGUCAGAAAGCUCCAGCCCAGAAAGCACCUGCUCUGAAGGCAUCUGGCAACAAAGUGUAA